CGGUGGUCGAUGACUGUCGAUCGUGUUGGAAGUUGGAGUUGAAAGUGGUGGGAAGUGGCAAGUGGCUCUCCUCGAUAUUUGACGUUGACGUAUGCUGGCGAACGUUUGGCGAAUGUGACAAAUUAUUUGACUGUAGUAGCCGUAAGGUUUCUUGCGAUCCGGUCAUGACGUAACGACAAAAUCACGCGAGAUGAACAGAACCGCGAGAUCCGUAGGUCCCUGUAGAGGCGGCUUGUACGUCGUCGAGGGCGAAGUAUGCCUCCUGGUGACGGCGAUGCGGCGAGGUGCCCGAUGGUCGUCGCAUUCUCACCAGGAUGACGAUCAGGAUACUUUAAUGAAGGGUUUGAAUACUUUGAAGGAAGUGUUAAACGAGCAUAGAGAUCUGUCUCAAUUGGAACCUGCAGUUUUUCUUACUCCCUUCUUGGAAAUUAUAAGAUCAGAGGAAACCACAGGACCUGUUACUAGUAUAGCAUUGUCUGCUGUUAAUAAAAUAAUUUCUUAUGGUCUUGUUGAUGCUAAUCAUUCUGCCAUAGCUUCCUGUGUAGAAGCUAUAGCAGAUGCUGUUACGCAUGCAAGAUUUGUGGGCACCGAUACAUCUGGUGAUGGAGUAGUCCUCAUGAGAAUCUUACAGGUAUUGAGAGCUCUAAUGCUUUCACCAGCGAGUGAUCAUCUCUCCAACGAAAGUGUAUGUGAAAUUAUGCUGUGUUGUUUUAGGAUAUGCUUUGAAACACGUCUCAGUGAAAUACUUAAAAGAAUGGCAGAGCAUUGUCUAAGAGAUAUGGUUCAACAUUUGUUUACCAGAUUACCUCAGUUUGUCGAUGAUACUAGAAUCUUGCCGAAUAUGAAAAAAAUGAGAACAAACAGUAUAGAAAAUACUCGUAGCAAAAAUAGAAAACAUAAAAGUUACACAAAGCAAAAAUCUAAGUCCAUCACGGAUGACGUCGAUGAAAAGGAGCCGCUUAUCCUGAGUUCAGUUGACAGAAUACAAGCGAGUCAUUUGGCCACUACGCCUGUUUCACCAGUCGGAAAUAUUGUUGAUAUGCAAGGAUCCUUAGAUCAUGGAAAUAUCGAUAAAAACGAGGACGAAAAAAGUGAGAGCAAAAUUGAUACGAGCAAGGAUAAUAAUAUUAAUAAAUGUAGUAAAGCAGUGGAUAAUCAAGAAACGAAUAAGAAGCAAGAGAAUGAUAGAGAAGUAAAGAGUAGUGAUAUUAAAAACGAAACCGAAACGACCGAAAUUAAUGGUGUGUCUGAAAAUAUUAAAAUUGAAAAUAAAACCAUAGCUCCAUUAGAAAUUAAAAGUGCAACUUCAACAGAAUCUAAGAUCAUAGAGAAAGAAGAUGCAAACGAUGAAAAAAAUACGAUGGCUGAAACAUCCGAAUCUUCCAUUAAGCAAUCUGUAUCAGAAAAUCAAGGUGACGAAGAAAAAAGUAUUGAUUUAGCGCAAUCUCCGAUCGGUAGUGUAGAAGACUUGUCGAUAGACGAAAGCACAUGUAAGAUGUCUAAAGCGAAAGAGCCUGAACAAAUCGAGGAAUACGUGAACAGCCAAGGUGUUCGAUUUAUUCCGCUGCAACAGCGCGCGCCGUACGGUGCGUUGUGCGUGCGCGAGCUGUUUAGAUUUCUUAUUUCGCUAUGCAGUCCCCUCGACAAGCAAAACAACGAAAUUAUGACUCACUUGGGUCUUAACUUAUUGCAAGUGGCGUUGGAGAUUGCCGCUGAUGCUCUUUCGAACUUUUCAUCCUUACUCGCGCUCGCGAAGGAUGACUUGUGUAGAAAUCUUAUCUUGCUGCUUGGAACAGACAGAUUAUCGAUUCUUGCUGUAGAUCUUCAAGUGUCAUUUUUACUGUUUGAGUCGCAAAGAGAACACCUAAAAUUCCAACUGGAACAUUAUUUAAUUAAAUUAAUGGAAAUUGUUCAUUCUGAAUCUAAUAGGAUAUUAUAUGAACAACGAGAAUUAGCGCUUGAAACUAUAGUAAGAUUGUGGAGAAUACCUGGUUUACCUGCUGAGUUGUAUUUAAAUUAUGAUUGUGGACUUUAUUCCACAAACUUGUACGAGGAACUUAUGAAAAUGUUCUCUAAAAAUGUUUCUGUACCAAUGACUACCAGCAUGUAUAGUAUGCAAUUGAUUUCUUUGGAUGCUAUAAUAAUGUUGAUUGCUGGAAUGGAAAUUCGUUGUAAAGGUUGCAAAGAACUGUGCAAGCUAUCACGUCACGAAACUUCAUCUAAUCUCCCCACGCGCGAAGAUCUGCUCGCUAUAAAAGCGAAUAAACGGUGGUUGGUUCUUGGCACAGAGAAGUUUAACGAGAAUCCGCGGGAAGGUAUUGCAAAACUUACAGAGCAUGGUCUUCUGGGUACUCCCGGUCACUCGGAUCCUGAAAGAGUCGCAAAAUUUCUGAAAGAAAAUCCCGGUUUGGACAAAAAAGCGAUAGGCGAAUACAUCAGCAAGAAGGAAAACAAAAACAUUCUCAAUUAUUUCGUACAUAAUUUUGAUUUGAGAAAUACAAGAAUCGAUCAGGCUCUGCGACUUUAUUUAGAAUCGUUUAGGUUACCUGGAGAAGCCCCUCUUAUAUCUCUUCUACUCGAAAAAUUUGCCGAGCAUUGGCACGACAGCAAUGGUAGACCAUUUGCUUCGGCCGAUGCUGCUUUUACAUUAGCUUAUGCGGUGAUUAUGUUAAAUGUUGAUCAACAUAAUUAUAACGUGAAGAGGCAAAAUAAUCCCAUGACUGCCGAGGAAUUCAAGAGAAACUUGAAAAAAGUUAACGGUGAUGCUGAUUUUGAUCAGGAUAUGCUCGAUGACAUAUAUACUUCAAUUAAAGGGGAGGAAAUUGUAAUGCCCGCCGAGCAAACUGGUUUAGUGAAGGAAAAUUAUCUGUGGAAGGUUUUACUGAGAAGAGGUUCUGGACCUGAGAGCAUAUAUCUGAAAGUAGGCAAUUCUGGCGAAUUCAUUGACAGAGAUUUGGCCGAGCAUGCAUGGGGUCCAAUCAUCAGCGCUCUUUGUCGAGCUUAUGAUAAAGCGCCAGACAAAUCAUUGCAACACAAAGUCGCUCAAACAUUUUUCAGUUGCGCGGCGAUCAGUGCUUACUAUAGCAUGUGCGGCGACUUGGAUACACUCAUAGUAAGCCUUUGCAAAUUUACGAGUCUGAUAAUUGGCGCGAAACCCGAACAAGUAGUUCUGCAUCUCGGUGGAAGCUUAAAGUCGCAAUUGGCCACUCACACUCUUUUUAAGAUCACGCGGAAACACGGAAACGCUUUGAGAACGUCAUGGAAAAAUAUUAUCGAUUGUCUGCAAACGCUCUAUGAAGCGAGAUUGCUGCCGAAAAAUCUCACGGAGGCGGAGGACUUUAUCGAUCCAUCCGGCAAGAUAUCUCUACUCCGCGAACCGACUACGCCCAAAACUUCACCUGGUGAUCAAGGAAUAUUUUCUACCUUUUAUUCUUAUAUUGCCAUGGAUACAUCGCGUUUAGCACAUCCUGCUGAAGCAACCGCGCGAAAAAAAGCUGUGGAAUUUAUUGCCAAUUGUGACCUCAAGGAAAUUAUUGAAGAAAGCAAGUUCUUUCAGAUUGAAUCACUCAAUUCUCUGGUUGGUGCUUUAGUAUCGGUAAAUCCUAAUGAUGAAGACACAUCUAUAUUUAUAUUGGAGUUAUUGCUAGCAGUAACUAUACAGAAUCGCGACAGAGUAAGGUGUAUCUGGCCAGUCGUUCCGGGUCACUUGGAUCGCUUGUUAACAAUGGCGGCACGUGAGAACCAUCCUUAUCUCCUUGAGAGAGUAGCCGUUGGUAUGCUCAGACUUGCUAUCAGACUUUUACGCGGCGAAGAAUUUGCCUGUCUGUCUCCUCUAUUACCUUUGACCUAUCUGCCAUCCGCGACGACCGCGCCAUUGGCUCGGCAAAUCGCUUAUGGCCUGUUUGAACUAUUGAAAACAGGCGCCGCAAAUAUUCAUAGUGCCGAGGAUUGGAAGGUGGUGUUUAGUUUGUUGGAAUGCGCAGGUGCCGGCGCAUUAGCACCAAAACGGUCCAACACUGUACUGGAUGAAACAACAAAUGCUCGCACAUCGGUUUUGGAUCCCAGACCCAUUAGUCCCGUGCCAGAAUGGGUGCUCGUGUCGCCGACUGGCACUGAAGCACCACUUCCGGUAGCUGCUGACACGAUAAUACUAGUGCGAGAUCUGCAGCCUCACGAUUCGGCAGCGUUUGUCAAGUGCUGCGAAAGCCUGAACUUCUUGGUACGCGACAUGGCGCAUGUGACACCAUUUAACUUUGAUCUUUGCGUCAACUGCGUGAGAACGUUUGCCGAGGCGGUUCUGCAAUGCGCGGGCAAGCGAAACAGGGUGUACAAUUCCGCGGAGGAAGUGCCCGGUUAUCAGCAAAGUCCGGUGCAGUUGUUGGAUCUGAUGCACACGUUGCAUACGAGAAUUGCGCAGGUAUUCCGAUGGUGGGCGGAGGAGGGUACCAUCGAGGACGGAAUAUCCUUAUGGCCGCAAGCUUGGCGACCGUUGUUGCAAGGUAUCGCGCGACUCUGCUGCGACUCCCGUCGGCCAGUGCGCACGGCAGCGAUAACGUAUCUUCAGAGUACUUUGCUAGCGCACGAUCUGGCACAACUUACUGCUAUAGAAUGGUCGCAAUGUCUCGAGGAGGUGUUGUUUCCAUUACUAGCGCAAUUGUUGGGUCCUAUUGCGACCAAUGAUCCUAUUGGCGUCGAAGAAACAAGAGUCAGAGCCGCGAUGUUAUUAUCCAAAGUAUUUCUUCAUCAUCUUACUCCUCUAUUGACUCUACCCGGUUUUCUGCCACUGUGGUUGACAGUGCUGGAGCUUCUACGUGCAUAUAUGCAUGCUGAUAAUAGCGAGCUUCUAUUCGAGGCGAUUCCCGAAUCGUUGAAGAAUAUGCUGCUGGUGAUGUCAUCAGCCAACGUUUUGGCACCAAGUUCUAAUCUCUGGGCGCCUACAUGGAGAGCGAUCGACGCGUUUCUGCCGAAUCUAAAAACGGAGCUCUUUCCGGAACCACCGGUCGCGGUUCUGCCUUCUCCGCAGCUGUCGCCACAACUACCUCUGCAACAAUCGCCGCAACAACCACAAGUUAUCAGUUUGGUCGGCCAACAACAGCCGCCAUCCUUCCCGGGAUCUAUAGCACCACAACCAGAAACUACUACUCUUAUUUCAGCCGAUACCGAGUGCUCUAAUGACAAUAACGCAGACGUGAAAACCGUAACACAGCCAGUCGAUAUUCUCAAUUCUGUGCAAUCCGGCGGUGUUCCGAUUCCGAUUUCGUUACCGACAUUGAUAUACAAUGCUGAAGGUAAAGAAUCGCAGCAAGUGAUCACUCUAAUUAGUCAACCACCGCCUAGCGUCUCUAGUCCAGUCGCGGUGCAGCCCACCGCUCAGAAUAUUUUUGAUAUUUGCUAUUCGGCGAACUCUUUGAUGGAUAAGACAGGCGAACGACAACAACAGCAGCAACAACUUCAACCGGUAUCGCUAAAUGAAGAAAAUUAUAAUAGACCGCUGAAGAGUACAAUGCAAAAUGUUGAACGAAGAGAGACGACCAACGAGAAUCGAGAUUUGAUUCUCGCGAGAAAAUACGAUGAAUGGAAACAACAGCAGGAACAACAACAAAUGCUGAUGCAGCAACAAUACACACAAUCAUAUGAACAAUCGGCACAGUAUCAGCAUUCGGUGAUGGAAGGCUCUCCCUAUCGCGUGGAUCCAUCUGAGACGACGACAGUAGAUUCUACGGGGACGACGACGAUUAACUCCGCGGCGUAUUUUAGUGACGAUCCGGCAGCGGAUCUUCUCUUCGUCGUCACUAAUCCUUGACCACUGUAUAUUUUUUAUGUAAAUUGUAUUAUAUAAAACAUUUCUAUGAUGCGCGUGAUGUUUUGUGUAGAUGAGGAACUCACUCUCUCAAAAAUGCUCGGUUAGACGAGGGAAGAUACGUGGUAUAGGCAUAAAUUUAUCAUAUCUUUGGUUUGUAUAUUUGGCACUCAUUAUAUACAAAUAAUAUAUAUGUACCAUAAUGUAUGUUACUGUCAAGAUUAUUAUUUAUAAAAUGAAUAUAAUUUUGACAAUAAUAAUGACAACAUAUAAUAUAGCUCUCGACAUCACUUUUAGCACUCGAUAUGUACUUCCGUUUAAUUUCUCUUUUGCGUCACUGGUAAAAGAAGUUCUCUUCGCGAAAAGCCAAAUGCGUAGACCAAAAUCUUCUGAAGAAACCGAUCAAUUUCUUGCGAUUAAUGUUUUUAUCGACGUGUUAUAUGUGUUUUACGUAGAAUGAUGCGAGUUGAAUAAUAUUUCUCAUUAGAUAUAUAUUCUUACAAAUUCUA